ACCGCUGGUUGUUUGUUGGUGUUUUGAAACGACAUUUCGUUGACAGAUACCACACACACUAAUUCAAAAUGUUUCUCAUUAUAACUUAAAUUGUACGCUUUAAAACGUUAUUACAUUUUGGAAUUACUUCAGAGGAUGGCUUAAGCAAGCUUCCUCCGUCUUGUAUUUAUAGCUGAGCCCGUUAUCAAUGUGAAGGACCACUGCUUAUGAUGUCAAAACUUUCCCUGGGAGCAAAAUUAGCUUCAAAUAAACUGAAUCGUUGGGUGGAGCCGUCGUUCGGUGACCUCUUCCACAGUGCAGACCUCUCCCUGUCCACAGGCAAUGGACCCUUUGCCCGGUCUGGGGGGACCAGAAUGGGUGGCAAAUCCCAGCCGCCCAGCACUGACCCCAACACCAACAAAUGUCCCCGGAAAAGGAAGACAGCCUCCAACAUCAUCAAACUCCAGCCCUCAAACCCCACAGAGCCUGCACAGGGGAAUGACGAUGAACCAUGGGUAGAUGCACAUGCUCCCCGCUCUCAGGCUGAACUGGCUGUCCACAAAAAGAAGAUUGAAGAGGUGGAGCAUUGGAUGAAAGUACAUGUGGAUCCUAAGACCAUAAAGGGUGGCGCUGUCCUGUUGCUAACAGGCCCAUCUGGGUGCGGAAAGUCUGCCACUGUGCAGGUUCUGGCCCAGCAUUUGGGCUACAGUGUGCAGGAAUGGGCCAACCCUUCCAGUCACUCAGAGUACCGACCAAGUACAGAUCCUGACGCAUACAAACAGACCUUUGACCCAGACUCAAGGUUUAACGGAUUUUAUGGCAGCUCCCAGACGGGCCUGUUCCAGGAAUUCCUACUUAGGGCCAACAAGUACAACCGUUUGCAGAUGACUGGAGAGGGUGGGGCCUCAGACAGGAAGCUCAUCCUGGUGGAGGACUUUCCUAACCAGUUCUACAGACAGCCAGGGUGUCUCCAUGACAUUCUGAGGAGAUUUGUGAGGACAUGCAGGCGUCCCCUGGUGUUCAUUGUGUCAGACAGUCUUAGUGGAGAUAGCAGCUCCCGACUACUGUUCCCUAAAGACGUUCAGGAGGAGCUGGGGGUCUGUAACAUCAGUUUUAAUCCUGUGGCCCCUACAAGUAUGAUGAAGGUUCUGAGCCGGAUUGUGUCCAUAGAGGCAGGCAAGAGUGGCGGAAAGAUGUGUGUACCAGAUAAAGCUGCUCUUGACCUACUGUGUUCAGGGUCCUCUGGGGACAUCCGUAGUGCCAUCAACAGCCUGCAGUUUUCCUGUCUAACGGAUCAGUCUUUGGAGAAGGGGCUUUUGGCUGUGAAGAAGGGCAAGGCUUUGGCAACCUCAUCGAGGAGAGCCAUUGGCAAGGCAACACACAGGAAGAGGAAGUCAAAGGAUGCAGAAGGGCGGGAUGAGGAGCAGGCGAUAGGAGGGAAGGACGCAUCCCUAUUUCUCUUCAGAGCCCUGGGCAAGAUCCUCUACUGCAAGAGGGAGAGCCCUGAGGGUUCGGAAGGUUUCCAACACCCCAGUCUGCCUGCACACCUCUCGGAACACAACAGGGACAGACUACUAGUGGACCCAGAGGCUGUAGUGGAGCGAUCCCACAUGUCAGGAGAGUUCUUCAGCCUGUACCUGCAGCAGAACUACCUGGACUUCUUCUCUGAUGUGGAGGACGUAGCCAGGGCUGCAGAAUAUCUGUCCGAUGCCGACUUCCUCACAGCUGACUGGAACUAUCGCAGCACCAUGGGAGAGUAUGGCUCGUCUGUGGCCACUAGAGGACUCCUGCACUCGAACUGUGGACACGUGGCUGGGGGCUUCAGACCCUUACACAAACCCAGCUGGCUCCUGGUCAACAAGAAGUAUCGUGAGAACAGCCUGGCCGCCCAGUCUCUCUUCAUCAGCUUCUGCCUGACUCCUGUCAGCCUCCAGACAGAGUUACUGCCAUACCUGGCCCAGCUCAGCAACCCCUUGAGGAACCCAGCUCAGAUAGCCUUCAUUCAAGACGUUGGUUGUCUUUCUCGUAGAAAGCUCCCUGGCAGGUUGAAACUGGAAGCGCUGACAGACAAAGACCCGGGCCUGCUAGAGUUGGAGAGCGAGGAGGAGGACGGUGGCUCAGCUUCCUCAGCCGUCCACUCAGCCUCAGGCAACCUCUCUGGGGAUAAAGGAGACCAAGGGGAGCCUUUCCAGGAGCCUCCACUAGCAGGCAGUCAGGGUCUGGGGUCAGGGGGAGACCUGCCUGCCUCCCAGCCUCAGCCCAACACAGCCUCAGCCCUUCUAGAGGAAGAUGACUUGCUCAUUGAGGAAUACGAUAGUGAUUUUUGAUGGACCGAGCUGACUCUCCAAACAGAGCGAUCCGAUACGUUCACGUCCGAUGUGACAAGACUUAAAACACAUUCACAUGCCAGCUGUAACCAGGCCAUUUUGCCUUAAUUAAAACCAUUCACUUGUGUUUUGUUAGUACAUGUCUAACUGUAAUUGUUAUUGUUUGCUAUGACUGCCAUUGUCAUAUCUAUGCAUUUGGUUUUCUCAUAUUUAUUAUUUUGCUGCGUUGUGGCCAAUCCCGUUGUGGCCAAUCCCAAUUUCAACUGUGAACAAAUUCCUUUAAUUGAAUUUAAAUUGGACCUGAUACUCUCUAGAUGCAUUGAUUAUCAUUGACAGUAUUUAUUUGUUUUGUGUAUUUUUUCGGCACUUGUCUUUGAAAUGAAAUGUUUUUCUUUAACAAUGUUGAACAGUUUUUACGGUGGCUGGGCAUUUUUGCCUUCUAUUAAUUUCAAUAAAAAUGUCUAUUAGCCAACCAAGUGUGGUAGAGAAGGUCAACAUUCAAAUCUCUGUCACUGAAUCCCAAAGAAUACUAAAAAAAAAAAAGUUCUGUCACCUCACACUUAACAUCAUUGUAAAAUUGAA